AUGGGCACGGUGCUGUCGCUGUCGCCGAGCUACCGGAAGGCCCCGCUGUUCGAGGAGGGGGCGGCCACGGUGGGGCACUACACGGCGGUGCAGAAUAGCAAGAACGCGAAGGAGAAGGGCCUGAAGCGGCACUCGCUGAUCUCGGUGCUGCCCUGGAAGCGCAUCGCCGCCGUCUCCGCCAAGAAGAAGAGCUCCAAGAAGGUGCAGCCCAACGGCGGCUACCAGAGCAACGUGACCCACCUCAACAACGAGAACCUGAAGAAAUCGCUCUCCUGCGCCAACCUCGCCACCUUCGCCCCCCCGCCGCCCCCCGCCGCCGCCGCCGCCGCCCUCGCCUCGGCGCAAAAGGCUCCUCCGGCCGCGCCCGCCGCCGCCGCCGCCACCCCGCGCCGGGUCGUGGUGCAGGCGUCCACCAGCGAGCUGCUGCGCUGCCUGGGCGAGUUCCUUUGCCGCCGCUGCUACCGGCUGAAGCACCUCUCGCCCACCGACCCCGUGCUCUGGCUGCGCUCCGUGGACCGCUCGCUGCUGCUGCAGGGCUGGCAGGACCAGGGCUUCAUCACGCCGGCCAACGUGGUCUUCCUCUACAUGCUGUGCCGGGAUGUCAUCUCGGCCGAGGUGGCCAGCGACCACGAACUGCAGGCAGUGCUGCUCACCUGCCUGUACCUCUCCUACUCCUACAUGGGCAACGAGAUCUCCUACCCGCUCAAGCCCUUCCUGGUGGAGAGCUGUAAGGAGGCCUUCUGGGACCGCUGCCUCUCCAUCAUCGACCUCAUGAGCCCCAAGAUGCUGCAGGUCAACGCCGACCCGCACUACUUCACCCAGGUCUUCGCCGACCUCAAGAAGGAAAGCGGCUCCGAGGAGAAGGGGCGGCUGCUCAUCGGCCUCGACCGGUGA